AGAGAGAGAGAGCGACAGAGAGAGGGUUGAACGGCGAGAGAGCUAGAGAGACGGAGAAAGACAGGCGAGAAGAGACAUCGACUCCGCACCAGAGCUUCUGACGGAUAUAUUUAGAUUAAAACAAAGGAACAAGAGUCGAGAUACAGCCCUAUGUAGCAGCAGUGGCAGCACUGAGAGAGAGACAGGGAGUCCCAGGUGGGGUUCUGAGUCCCCAGAGCAGAGUGAUGGAGCCGUCCCAGUCACAUAGCCUUGGAGUUGGGCUAUGGUCGUCAGGAGCUCAUGUGAUGGUGACACGCAAGAUGUAAAACAUGUAUUCACCACGAAGCAGCCUGUCACAUUAGUGGACCUGUUAAGGCGAAGAUGACACAACUUAUGUAAUUGUAUCUGUAUGAAAAAGUAAACAAGGACAAAACACACCACCAACCAAGGAGACCCAAUAUUUCCACUGAAAAAUGCAUAAGUGACAUCCGUUGCGGGAGGAAGCUACAACGGUUAAAGAGACAGCGUUCAAGAGACAUUGGAAUCUGUUUAUCAUCCUCUUUGGAAUAUAGGAAGGGUCAUGACCCAGUUGCCAUGCGCAUCACCACGGUGACCAGCCUUCCUAGUCCCUCCCCCCUCCUCCUCUUAUUGGUUCAGCUGCUGUUGCGGCUCAUCCUCCCAGGCCAAGACGCAGUUGGAGCCGCCUCCACCUGUCCCACGCUGUGCAGUUGUUCUAAUCAAGCUAGUCGAGUGAUCUGUACAAGACGAAACUUAGAAGAGGUGCCAGACAGUAUAUCAAACAACACACGAUACCUCAACUUACAGGAGAACUCGAUACAGGUGAUAAAAUCAGACACAUUCAAACAUUUACGGCACCUGGAGAUCCUCCAGCUCUCCAAGAACCAGAUUCGUCAAAUAGAGGUGGGUGCUUUCAAUGGCCUCCCAAACCUCAACACUCUGGAACUGUUCGACAACCGCCUCACGCUGGUGCCAUCGCAAGCCUUUGAGUAUCUCAGCAAGCUGCGGGAACUGUGGUUACGAAACAAUCCAAUCGAGACCUUACCUGGCUAUGCCUUUCACCGCGUCCCCUCGCUGCGACGUCUUGAUCUUGGCGAACUCAAAAAGCUGGAUUAUAUAUCUGACGCAGCCUUUGUUGGACUUAUCAACCUGCGCUACCUGAACUUGGGUAUGUGUGGCCUGAAGGACAUUCCUAACUUGACUCCCCUUGUGCGACUGGAGGAGCUAGAGUUGUCUGGGAACCGUCUAGAAAUCAUCAGACCUGGUUCCUUCCAAGGCCUGGAAUCUCUGCGCAAACUAUGGCUCAUGCACUCGCAGAUGUCGGUCAUCGAGCGCAAUGCUUUCGAUGAUCUCAAGAACCUAGAGGAGCUCAACCUAUCCCACAAUUCCCUUCACUCUUUGCCCCAUGAUCUUUUCACACCCUUGCAGAAGCUAGAGCGAGUUCACCUCAAUCACAACCCUUGGGUGUGCAACUGUGACGUGCUGUGGCUAAGCUGGUGGCUGAAAGAAACAGUGCCGAGCAACACAACCUGCUGUGCACGGUGCCACGCACCACCCUACUUGAAGGGAAAGUACAUUGGAGAGCUGGACCAGAGCCAUUUCACCUGCUAUGCCCCUGUCAUUGUAGAGCCGCCCACUGACCUCAAUGUGACCGAGGGCAUGGCUGCUGAGCUCAAGUGUCGCACCGGUACCUCCAUGACUUCUGUGAACUGGAUCACACCGAAUGGCACCCUAAUGACCCAUGGCUCCUAUCGGGUCAGGAUUUCUGUGCUGCACGAUGGCACCCUUAAUUUCACCAAUGUAACUCUGCGUGACACUGGCCAAUACACCUGCAUGGUGACCAACUCAGCCGGGAACACUACGGCAACUGCUGUCCUGAAUGUGACCGCAGCAGACGUCAGCGUCAACUACACCUACUUUACCACGGUCACUGUAGAAACUGUGGAGCCUCCGGGAGAGGAAGACUCUGCAUUGGUUGCCAUCAACGAGACCUUCAUCCACAUUCCCACAACACCUUCUGGGCGCCUCUGGGGUGAAGUCCCCACUACUGCCUCUUCUCUCUCAAUCCUUGGCUCAUCAUCUUCUCCCCGAGCAACCAAGCCCACUUUCACAGUACCCAUUUCUGAGCCCAACUACCCCUCUGGACUAGACGAUGUGAUGAAGACCACCAAGAUCAUCAUUGGUUGCUUUGUGGCCAUUACCUUCAUGGCCGCUGUCAUGCUGGUGGUGUUCUACAAGCUGAGGAAGCAGCACCAGUUGCACAAACACCACGGGCCCGCACGAGCCAUCGAGAUCAUUAACGUCGAAGAUGAGAUCGGAGCAGGAACAGGCAUCCGUGGCAGCGGCAUCUCAGGAGGAUCCACAGUACCGCAAGGAGGGUCCGGCGGAGAGCUGCGACUGCACCACCCUGAAAUCGUCAACCUCCCAAACCUUGCACGAGCAGAGCAUCUCAACCAUUACUACAAGGCCCAUCACUUCAACAAUAACAUGAUGGGUCUGGGUCUUGGUGGAGGCUCGGGCGGAGGCCUAAACAAUAACAACAACCCUUCGCCUUGCUCCCAGGCCCAGAAUACCCCCAUCUCUUGCACGCAGGUGCCAGUCUCUGCAGGUAUUACAUCGUGCUCCAUGCCUUCUCCAAUGCCUCUGCCGACCCUUGGCAUCCACGGGUCACUGAAAGGCCUGAUGAGUAAAGGGCAGAACCCACAGAUCGAGCCGUUACUCUUCAAGAGUGGCUCCAAGGAGAAUGUCCAAGAAACCCAGAUCUGAAGUUGAGAAAGAGAGGAAGGGAGAAAUGGAGAAAGGUAAAUGUACAGAUAAAAAAUGGAGACAGAGUGUCAGGGAGACAGAAACAGAUGAAGCGUAUUGGCUGUUCAACCCCUAUGGGUACGUUCUCAGGAGUAAUGAGAAAGGCAGACCUAGCAUUGUAUGAAAUAUAACCUACACAAGAUUACAAGAUACAGCUGUGAAAUCACUAUAAAGUAAAUACGCUGGCAAAGAGUGAGGGAAUUUCUAGAAGGAAGACAGGCAAUCACACCGCAGUUUAAAAUCACAGUCUUUGCCAUACUCUGAUCCGCACAUAUCAAGGGGAUCAUCAAACAUCAGCAAACAAAACUACAUUUGCCAAUACAAUAUAAAUUGAUACAUUUUUGUAUAAUGCAAGAUUGAUAAUUAUGUGCCAAACUUGAAUCAAUCUGUGCCAAAGCAAAAUCUUUGCACAUCAGCAUCACUACACAUGUGUACAGACACAUUUCAGAAGAGGUCUGUGCGAAUACUGUACACCAUCGUACACAGAUCUCCAUCAAUAAAGCAAAGAUGCUACAAAAAUCAAAACUAUACACACCAUUAGGUAGGAAGUGUAUAUAGAAAUACAUGAACAACCUUAAGUAUUUAUGGACACUGGCUGAGAACGAAAGAUCAUGUGUGUAAAUGGUGUAGAGAACCGUAAAGCUCAGAUAACAAAAUGGAUCAUUAAAAUUUUGUUGAGGUUCGCGGUCCUGUGAAGGAAAGAUGGAUAAGUAGACCAGCACUGUGUAGAGGGCCUGUGUUUCUUGAUGAUGAUGGACUCAGUUUCUCCCCUUUCUCAAAGGCUGUCACAGUUAAGGGGAAGAGUGGAAAAUCGAACAAGAACCUAAAGCGCAAAAAGACAAUGAAAGAUAUACAAAUUUUAAAAGAAUAUAUAAACUAUGAAAGUAUACAUGAUAUAUAAAUAUAUUUUCAUUCAGAGAAAUAAAUUAUGAAGAAUCUUUAAAUUUUUCUGACUGAAGCCACGGCUUUUGAAAAAUUAGCAGCUGCUGUUGUAGCGCUUUGUCACUGAUAAUUCCUUUCUCUGCAUUAAAACAAAAAUGCGUCUAAAACUGUUACACCCUCAUGGGACUUAAGGGCAUCCUGACCUGAGGGGACAGAGGGACAGGGGAUGGAUAUUCUGGAAAUUGUGUUUGAUUUCAGAUACUUUGGCUUUGUUUUUUAAGUCUUAAAAGGUUUCUCUUUCCUGUUCUUUAAUUGACAGGGUUAUUGAGAAGAUGUAAUUUUAAUUCACAUUAUAACUACUGCUUAAUUCCGCAGGCCUUUGAGAUCCAAAUUGGUUGGAUAUCAGUUAUCACCAAAAUCAGCAGAAUUAUAAAAGACAAUAAUGAUGGUACUAUGUAAUGCAAUGAAACAAGAUACUGUAAAAUUUUAUCUACAUGCUGCUAUACUGAGAAAAGCCGUUUUUAGUGGGACAUUUUAGUGAAAUUCGAUUUGAAAGCUGAAUAAAAAGAGGCUCCUGUUGACAUUACAUUACUACUACUAUCAUCAUUAUUGAAAAACAUCAAGUGUCAAAAGCAUAGCGGAUUUAUUUGCUUUCAUGGUUUUUACCUAGAGGUGAUAUUUGUGUAAAAAGUGGUUGUCGCUACAUCUGAUAAUCCCCUCAGUAAAGAUGGAAUAGCAGUGGACGUACUGACAAUGACAACGAUUUGCUUGAAGCACCACAAAGCCACAACAACAACUCCAAACAAGGAAAUGGAUGGCCCUUAAAAUGGCUCCCUCAAUGGCCUGUCCCUUCUGUUUUGUACAAGACAAAAACUUUACCAGGACCCUGCUUUUUUUGCCAAUGUGAUUCAAGGCGAUUCAGAACAGAACACAAACACUGGUGAAUACUGCAGGGGUAAAUGGAUUAUUGCAAACACUGUGUCCAGACAUGUGGACGGAACUACUGUUUGAGCAGAAAGCGAACGGAGGAUAGCUUUUGAAAGGUAAGAGAAAACCCACUCAGUGAACAAGACUGGAGUUUGGAAAGCUUUUUUUAAUGAAAAUGGACAAAUAAAUGACAACUAUAGAAAAUUAUAGAGCUCUUUUAAAACAAAACUAUUAUGAUAAUAAGUGUCUUUCAUUAUUUGUUUUUAUCUAGUUUCUUUUUGUUUUUUUCUUUUUCAAAAUCAAGUGUUAUCUUAAUUGUAAUAUUGUUAUUGUUAUUAUAAUUAGCUAAUAUUACACUCGUUAUAAUUAUGAAAACUGUUCUGUUAGCAGAAGUCACUUCGAAAUUUUAAAAAAAAAUAUAUAUAUAUAUAUAUAUAUACAUAUAUAUAUGGCACACAAAAUGGCAACUGAAAUCGUGAAACUUGGUGGCAUUGAUUUGUUCUAUGUUUUUGUCUUUUCUUUUUCUCAUGUAUUUGAGGUAUCACUAUAUGUAACCCUUAGAGCUUAUACGGUUUGGAGACAGAAUCUCCCGAGAUGCAGACAGAAUGUGAUUUGGCUGGUGGUAGCGUUCUUCUCUGCAGAGAAAGAGAUAUGAGAGAGAGAGAGAGAGAGAGAGAGAGAGAGAGAGAGAGAGAGGAAAGAGAGAGACCGAGUUUCUGAUACACGCUUGUUCUCAGAAUGUCACCCAUUAUCAGUGCCGAGAAGUGCGACUGUGCCAUGUCAACACUCUGUUGCCACAGCAACACGCCUUCGCACUAAUGUGCCAAAAACUGUCAGAGCCAGGGUUCCAUCUUUGUGGGUCCCCGUGCCUGUGUUUGUCAAACCUUGUUAGCCUACAACACGUACAAAUAUCCACACGCGAGCACACCGCCGUGUCAAUUGUCAUCCGACAUAUUGGCACACCCAUACUCUGGCACAGUGUCCCAACUGGUUCCUAUGGUGAGGUUUCCCUGGCAACUGUUGCUGCUGCGACAGUCCCCAUCGCAGCGUUCAGGUCUCGGAUACAAAUGCGAGGACAGAGGCAGUAUAGGACGGCAUUUACGAGGACGUAACCGAAAUUAGCAUAUUCGCAGCACACUGCAUAUCAAUAAACCUCCUUACCACUGACAUUCAUGAACCUUGAGUAGCAGUCAUCGAGAUGCCCAUAUCUAACACGCCAUUGAUCUUCCAUAGGCACAUCAUCUCCUACUCUUGAAAUUAUCAUAUUCUCCUUCUCAUACCGACGAUCUGCAUAUGUUCAUUUGCUUCUCGGGCGAAUUACGUACACAUCUGUUCGCAUGUGUGUGUACCAGACACAGUAAUCGUAUUACAUUUGUGCUUGAGGCAUACGCUUUCUUUCCAAAGCAACUUACAAGAAAGUAUUGCCAAGCAGAUUGGUAGUGGGACAGGGCAGAGACUGUUAUAACAUAUCACAUAUCUCAUGCUAUUCACCUAGCCUGCAAGCUCAGAUAUCUCUCGCUUCCUGAAGUCUUUAUGAAGCAUGCGAAUGCUGUGACAAAGGUAGGAAGACAGGAGCCCUCUCUCUCCCUCGUAGCACUGCGGUAUCUGAGUCACAGGACCCAAAACACACACACUCGUACACAUCAAGCCGACGAAUCUCAGCUCUCUCAUAAACACGCUUGGCAGAGAAAUACCCUGCUCACCAGCUGGUUAGGACUUAUGCAAAGUGCACCAGAGAAUGUGGUGUUGCUGGUUUUGGCUUAACCAUGUGUCUGUGUGUGAGUGUAUGAAAACUUUGGAAAUGGCCAUUUCAGCUUUUGUAAGCUUAUUUGAAGACAUCCAAGUAUUUCAACCAAUGUUUUCAUUGAUAUCAUUUUUGUUGCCCUCUUGUGUGUGUGUGUGUGUGUGUGUGUGGGGAAAGAGUGAGUUUGCGAUGUGUGUUUUACAAUAAGAGACUGUUUUCUGUUGUCAUUGCAGUGUGUUUGAGCUUGUGUAUGUAUGUUUGCGUUAUCUGUGUUUUUUUUUUUGCAUUUAAAGAGACUGUCGUGAGAGACGGUGAGAGUCAGACCGUUUUCAAAUCCCCGGUUUAAAUCACGUUAGCAUACUAUGCUUCAGGCUUGUGUAUGAUCUUCUGAAUGAUGCUCUUAGCCAGAAUGGAGAAAAACAUCAGUUGGGGAUUUUCUGUUUUUUUUCCCCCUUUCUUUCCUAAAUACCCCAGUCGAGAAGUCAGGGGCCAGCCGUGCCAAUUUCCUACCAGUUGAAACGGUGGGAGGUACUUCCCUAGUUGCGGUCGUGAUACAUAAUUCAGAAAUUCAGACAUGCGGCAAUGGUCCCUGUUUUAUUGUGUUAAAGCUGCAGUCAUGCUCAGGCUUUGACAGACAAAUCUAGGACAGCUCUUGCUUUUGGGUGUGAGGGGUAAAUAUCUUGUUCCAGCCUUUACUUAAAAGGUUUGUAUUUGGUUGUUUGCACUUUGGUCUUGGAUUCAUCAGCAGAACAUCUAUAGCAUUGGUCCCUGAGAUGUCACAGACAAAACCAAGUGAAACACACAAACAAUGAGCUUCUACAUACUUGAGAGUGCAUCGCUAGAAUUUCAAGUACAUCCAAGUUAAAAAUCAUACUUCAGCCCUACUACUGGUGGAAGCUGUAGUGAUGGUACGUUUCUAAAGCAGCUGCGAGGGAUGGUCUCAUUCUUCACACUGGUUCAUUGUAAUUGUCAGGGCUAGACAGAACAGACAAAUCAUUUAUGGCAGGGUGUGGAUGUAGCUUGUGUGCCUAAAAAACACAAUUUUUACCACAGUUCCACAGCCUGUCACGGCGCUCUGACACCGAUGCUCCCAAUUGUAAAGCCGGGUUUACAAAACAGCAUUGUGCAAUGAAAUUUUUUUUUGCUUGUCACGUAAAUUGAGUAUUUAGAUACUUUUUAUAGUUUAAGACUUAGAAAAUACAGUCAAACCAAAAUUUAUUCAGACACCUUGAACAUUUCAUUCAUUAAUACAGUUUAUUCAUUAUAGUUAAAAAAAAAUAUGACAAGAUGUCAGAGUUAAA